CAAAACAUUGUGAACCGAAUCAUAUGUAGUAGGAAAAAUAUGUAUAAAAAUAUUAAGUUAAAUGUAAAGGAAAUAGAGCGAUAACUUUAAUAUAAAAUAUAUACAUUUAAUGAUUAGUAAAAAUGCCUAAAGAACAAUAUCGCGAAACAUAUGUUGGGCGUAAAAUAUCUCACGUCACAUUUAAUGUGGACAGUGCAUCAAACAUUCAGCAGGCCGCACACAUUCAAGUCAUUACGAAAAACUUAUACGCUCAAGAUGGGCAAAGAGUUCCUGCCGUGUACGGCGUACUCGAUAGACGAAUGGGUACAAAUCAGAAGCAUGCAGAUUGUGAAACCUGCGGUCUGGGCCUGGCUGAGUGUGUGGGUCACUAUGGGUAUAUAGAGCUGGCAUUGCCUGUAUUUCAUGUUGGAUAUUUUUCUUCCAUCAUUACCAUCUUGCAGACUAUAUGUAAGGAUUGUGCUAAAGUAAUGUUACAAGAGAAAUUAAAGAAGUCAUUCAGACGUAAAUUCAAUAAUCCAGAACUAUCAUACUUACAUAAGAAAACAUUAAGAUCAACUGUAUUAAAGAAAGCUAAAACAUGUAAUAAAUGUCCAUAUUGUGAAUCUUUGAAUGGUAUUGUUAAGAAGAGUCCCACUGGAAUACUGAAGAUAAUACAUGAUAAGUACAGGAAUAAGAAACCAACAGAUCCUAUUGUGCUGAAUGUUCUAAAAGAUUUCCAUGAAGCAAAGGAAUUGAAUAAGGAGGUUGCGGCUAUGAUUAAUAGUGGACUGAUUAUUGAAUUAACUCCAUUAGAGGUGUUGAAUUUAUUUCGACGUAUCCCCGAUGAGGACAUCCCUCUGCUAGGUAUGAAUGUUAAAGCAUGCCGGCCGGAAGAUCUGAUUCUAACGCGUCUUCCUGUGCCCCCGCUUUGCAUACGGCCUAGUGUUAUCUCUGAUAUUAAAGCUGGCACUAAUGAAGACGAUCUAACAAUGAAGCAGUCAGAGAUAUUGUUGAUAAAUGAUGUGAUUGGACGUCACAUUGCAAGCGGUGGCAAGAGUGAGCUGCUGCAGGAAGACUGGGACUACCUGCAGUUACACGUAGCCUUAUAUAUCAACAGUGAAAUGUCCGGCAUACCAAUGUCCAUGCAGCCCAAAAAACCUGGUCGAGGAUUGGUACAACGACUCAAGGGCAAGCAGGGUAGAUUCCGCGGUAAUUUGUCUGGAAAAAGAGUUGAUUUUUCUAGCCGUACUGUCAUCUCACCUGAUCCUAACUUGCAGAUUCAAGAGGUUGGUGUACCAGUCCACGUAGCCAAGGUACUGACUUACCCGGAGCGAGUAUUUCCAGCCAACAUCCAGUGGCUGAGGCAGCUGGUGUGCAACGGUCCCGACAUACAUCCCGGCGCUAACUACGUGCAGCAACGUGGACUGCGACACAAGAAGUACCUUAAGUAUGGCAACAGGGAGAAGAUUGCACACGAACUUAAGUGUGGUGAUAUUGUGGAGCGGCACCUGGUGGACGGUGAUGUGGUGUUGUUCAACCGGCAGCCUUCUCUGCACAAGCUCUCCAUUAUGUGCCACCGCGCACGAGUACAGCCGCAAAGAACCUUUCGUUUCAACGAGUGCGUGUGUACGCCGUACAACGCGGACUUCGACGGUGACGAGAUGAACAUGCACCUGCCGCAGACUGAGGAGGCCAGGGCUGAGGCACUCAUACUUAUGGGGAACAAAUCAAACUUGGUAACGCCACGUAACGGGGAGCUGCUGAUAGCGGCCACUCAGGACUUCAUUACGGGCGGCUACCUGAUCACUCAGCGGGACACAUUCUUCACGAAGUCGGAGGCGCAGCAGCUGGCCAGCUGUCUGUUGGCAGGACCUGACAGCACCAUGAGGAUCGACAUGCCCCCGCCCGCUAUACUCAAGCCCAGGAUGCUCUGGACCGGCAAACAGAUAUUCAGUUUGAUAAUGAAACCCAACAAGCAGUGCGAGGUGAAGGCGAACCUGGAGGUGAAGGGCAAGAAUUACACCAGCAACAGAGAUAUGUGCGUUCAGGACUCCUAUGUGAUAAUUAGAAACUCCGAGCUACUUUGCGGUUCAAUGGACAAGAGCACAUUGGGUUCUGGCACAAAGACCAGUAUAUUUUACAUCCUGCUUCGUGACUGGGGUGAGGAGUACGCUGUUAGAGGCAUGUGGAGAUUAGCUCGUAUGGCGUCAUAUUAUAUGAUGAACAGAGGAUUCAGUUUUGGAAUUAUCGACGUGACGCCAGGCAAGAAACUCAUUGAAGCUAAGAAUAAACUGCUGGAAUCAGGGUACUCCAAAUGUGACGGGUACAUCCUGGAGAUGGAGAAGGGCACGCUGCAGUGUCAGCCUGGCUGCACCGUGGAGGAGACCCUCGAGGCUGUCAUGCUUAGCGAACUCAGCAGCAUCAGAGAAUUGGCAGCGAAGGCUUGUUUCCGUGAAUUACAUCCGACUAACGCACCUCUUAUUAUGGCGCAGAGUGGCUCUAAAGGUUCCAACAUCAACAUAUCUCAGAUGAUAGCUUGCGUGGGUCAGCAGGCGCUGAACGGCAAACGUGUGCCCAACGGCUUCGAAGACCGCUCCUUGCCGCACUUCGAGAGACAUUCAAAGAUUCCAGCAGCGCGUGGUUUUGUGGAGAACAGUUUCUAUUCAGGACUGACACCGACCGAGUUCUUCUUCCAUACAAUGGGCGGCCGCGAGGGGCUCGUUGACACUGCUGUCAAGACUGCCGAGACUGGUUAUUUGCAGCGCAGAUUGGUCAAGUCUCUGGAGGACCUGGUGCUGCAGUACGACAUGACGGUGCGCAACGCGACAGGCGAGGUGGUGCAGUUCCGCUACGGCAGUGACGGCCUCGACCCCAGCUGCAUGGAGGGCAAGGACCGACCUGUUGACCUCGCGCGUGUACUCAACCACGUGCGCGCGCAAUGCCACGCACGGGAGGAAGAGCCGCUGGACGGCGACGGUAUCGUGGUAGCGGCGGAGGAGACUCUUGCACUGGAUGACUUCAAGACCUGUCCUGAAUAUUUCAAGAAAGAACUGCUUGCAUUCCUGACGACGGUAGCGGAGAAGGUGCGUGCACUGCGCAGCCGGUACGCGGGGUGCGGGGGCGUGGCGCUGCAGGCGGAGCGCCUCACUCUGCCGCAGCUGGUGCGCUUCGUGCGCGUCUGUCAUGACAAGUACCAGCGCGGUGUCAUCGAGCCUGGCACUGCUGUGGGAGCUCUCGCCGCACAGAGUAUCGGAGAGCCUGGUACACAGAUGACUUUGAAGACAUUCCACUUCGCGGGUGUGGCUUCGAUGAACAUAACGCAAGGAGUGCCACGAGUCAAGGAGAUCAUCAACGCCUCGCGCUGCAUCUCUACUCCCAUCAUCACGGCAGAGCUGGCCAGGCCAUAUGACCAGGAGUUCGCCAGGAGAGUCAAAGGACGUGUCGAGAAGACUACGCUAGGUGAAAUAACGACUUAUAUAGACGAGGUGUAUCGACCCAGCGAGUGCUUCCUGCUGAUCAGAUUGGACGCUGAGCGCAUCAAGCUGCUCAGCCUGGAGGUCAACGUACACACCAUUAUAUACUCUAUAUGCACGUCAAAGAUAAAGGUGAAGGCAUCAAACGUGAUCGCGGUAUCAGAGUGGGCGGUGAAGGUGGUGGGUGAGGCGGGGCGCGGGGGAGGGCCCGGACUCAACGUGGCGCUGCAGCAGCUCGCCCGACAGCUGCCCUCCGUCGUGGUGCAGGGUCUGCCUAAAGUCUCCAGGGCGGUCAUCGCAUGUGAUGACACCAAAAGUACCAACAGAUACAAAUUGUGCGUAGAAGGAGACGGACUGAGAGAUGUUAUAGCUACGUACGGCGUGGACGGAACUAAGACAACUUCUAACAAUAUUCUCGAGGUGUUCAACACGCUGGGCAUCGAGGCUGCGAAGUCUACAAUAAUAAGCGAGAUCCAGGCGGUGAUGGCGGGACACGGCAUGGCGGUGGACCGGCGGCACGUGGAGCUGCUGGCGGCGCAGAUGACGGCGCGCGGCGAGGUGCUCGGCAUCACGCGCUAUGGACUCGCGCGCAUGAAGGAGUCCGUCCUCAACCUUGCCAGUUUCGAGAAAACAGCGGAUCAUUUAUUCGACGCGGCGUACUACGGGCAGCGGGACUCGAUAGAGGGCGUGUCUGAGUCCAUCAUAGUGGGCGUGCCCGCAGCUAUCGGCACCGGCUGUCUGCAGCUGCUGCAUAAACACGCUCAACACGGCGAACACGUUGAACACGUCGACCACUCUAAACACGUGGAACACGCUAAACACGUCGAACACGUCGCACCGCAAACAAGACCGUUGUUGUUUGAUGAUCCACAAUACCACACUUCGAUAUGGGAAUAAAUUUGUGUUUUUCUUUAACCGUGGGUUUCUAAAAUUAAAAUCUCUGUAUAAAACAUAUUAUUUCUGUCAUUAUUUUAAACAAUGCAGAGAUAUCAAUGUUUUAAACGGAUUAUUUGGUCUCAGUAACCCGCGGUAAAUAUACCUCUUG